AAAAGGUGGGUGAACUCAUGGGAGGCAUUUGUUGAGAUAUGCCCCACAGCUCGCUUCACGUCAGCCAGACAGAUCAGGAAGGGAUAAUGGUAUUUAGAUGUCCAGUAAGCAUGCGGAUCCUCUCAGUCAGCAACAUUAAUGGGGCCAUGAGGCAUCCUGCUCAUGUCCUCCAAGCUUAAGUAAAGGGGAUAUUAGACACAGUAAUGCUGGCAGGUCUGAGUGCUCUCUCUGCUGUGUAGCCUGGGGGCAUCAACAUGGGCAGCACCAGCAAGGCGGCCAACUUUUUCAGCAGAAGACAGAGUCUCUUCCCUAACUACAAAGUCGCAGACUCAGAUUUAAAGCGAAGACCCUCUGAUAUUGCUUACCCGUUGGCCAAGGAAAGUUGUGUGAAGACAUGGAACUCCAUGCAGGAGCUGAGCAGAGACAUAUACGACAUUUAUGCCGAGUACGAGGAUGACGAUGACGACGGUGCUCUGUGCACCUUCUCCAAGCAGAUCCCACUCACCAAGAAGAACUACAUGAUCAACAUCAAUGUAGGAGGGAAGCCCUACCAGAUAACCUACAAGAUGGCUGCCAAGUACCCCAAGACCAGAAUAGGAAGACUGGCCACCUACACUGACCACAACAUGAAGCUGGACCUGUGUGACGACUACAUUGUGACCAGCAAUGAGUACUUCUUUGACCGGGACCCGGACACCUUCCACAGCAUCUUCAACUUCUACAGGACUGGUGUGCUGUGGAUCAAGGAUGAGUUGUGUCCCCGCAACUUCCUGGAGGAGAUCAACUACUGGGGCGUGAGGAUCAAGAACACCCACCGCUGCUGCCGCAUCUCCUUCGAGGAGAGGCAGGACGAGCUGAACGAGCAGCUCAAGAUCCAGAGGGAGCUGGAGGCCGAGAUGGAGAUUGAGGAGAACGAGGAGCUCUUCCAUGACAUGUUCAUGGGCCACAUGCGCCGAGCUAUCUGGAACCUGAUGGAGAAGCCAUUUUCAUCUGUUAAGGCCAAGUUGAUGGCUGUGGCCUCCAGCCUGUUUGUCCUCAUCUCCCUUGUGGCCAUGACUCUCAAUACAGUGCAGGAUAUGCAGUACAAAACUCACUCUGGUCAGCUCAGUGGCAAAACAUACUGGGAAUACGUGGAGUCCAUGUGCAUCGCCUUCUUCACAAUGGAGUACCUGCUGCGUCUGGUGUCCACCCCUGACAUCAAGUCCUUCUGCAGGAGUGUGCUCAACACAGUGGACCUGAUCGCCAUCCUGCCUCAGUAUGUCCAGGGCUUCCUGGAGUUCUUUGACAAUGAGGAAAACUACAUGAAGCACGAGGCAGACAUGCAGGCGGUGGGACAGGUGGGGAAGUUGGGGCAAGUGUUGAGGAUCAUGAGGCUGAUGCGAAUCUUUCGUAUUUUGAAGCUGGCGCGACACUCCACGGGGCUGCGAGCGUUUGGUUUCACGCUGCGUCAGUGCUACCAGCAAGUGGGCUGCCUCUUCCUCUUCAUCGCCAUGGGCAUCUUCAGCUUCUCUGCCAUGGUUUACACUGUGGAGCACGACAUGCCACAGACAAACUUCACCAGCAUUCCUCAUGCGUGGUGGUGGGCAGCUGUCAGCAUCUCCACAGUGGGCUACGGCGACGUCUACCCGGAGACAAUACUGGGCCGCUGUUUCGCUUUCAUCUGCAUCGCUUUUGGAAUCAUUCUCAAUGGUCUGCCCAUCUCCAUCCUCUUCAACAAGUUCUCAGACUAUUACUCCAAACUCAAGUCCAAUCAGUACACGGCCUCCGUGAAGAAUCGAGGGAAGGUGAGGUUUUCCAAGAGGACGGUGAACAAACUCAACCUCUGCUGCGGAAGCCAAAAUUAUCCUGCACACUGACUUUUUUCGAGUGUACUUUUUUAAAUUAUAGAAAUAUGCUUGACUGCAAACCUGCUAAAAUAUUGUAUGUGAUAUACCAAUGUGUGUGGCCAGUUGCUGCACAUCGCAGCUUCUGUGUUUGGGAAGAGCAAAGACACAGGUCUAUCUCUGUCAUCUAUCGCCAAUGCCUAAUGAAGAGAACUUGUGGAAGUAUAAUACAAUGAGAUGUUUACUUUUCUAUGAAUAAAAUAAUAUUUUUGUUACUUAAGAGUCAGAUGAAUGAAAAAAAACACACAUUCCAUGACAGAAGAUAUGAUUAAAAAGGAGAAUUACAACAUCAACGCUUAUGUAGUUAGUCUUCAACCACACAAAUGUCAGAAAGGAGAAAUAUAAACUGAAAUAGUUCUAAAAUAUUGCUACACUUUACACACAUCUAUACACCAUUUAACUCUAAUAAAUGAGUGAAGCUGCACAAAUGUGGCAUAUUGUUUUAGCCAAUUCUACAGUAUGUUUUUCAAUAAAUAAUACAGUGAUGUGUUUUAAAUGGAACACCAUGGUGAAGAACUUGAAAAAACUUUUCUGCUUUGUCUGCAUGAGAAUAAAUGGUAAACCUUUUUCAGCUGCAACUGCAAAACAGCUCCUCUGUGUUUCAGAAUCGGUGUUGUCGUGUAAAAACAUAGACAUAAGCAACACAUAUUAGUCCAUUUCUACCUGCAGCUGCAUCAGUUUGCUUUCACAGGAGGUGCAAAGAAGCACAGCGGCUGUUGCCAUGCAAUUUUCCACUCUCAGUAGUUUUGCCUACAAAGUGUUAUUCACAACACAAUGCAGUAAUAACAGCCUGUCAAUAAACUCCGUACUGCUUAUUAAA